AUGAAAGAUAUUGGCUUGGAUGAUGAAGAUUCUCAGAGCUCUUCUGAAUGUAGUAGUUCUAUUGGGGAAGAAGAAGGCAAUGAGAGUGAUGAUAGAUCAAGUUACUCAACUACAUUCGUCGGUGGUAUUCCUGAGAUUCCAGCCAUGUUGAGUGUCACGAUAGGGAGCGAAGUGGAGGCGCUGAGCAAGAAGUUUGUUGACGCAGGCGCGUGGGUUUGCGCAAAAGUCACAAAGAUUAGUGCCUACACCUUCACCGUCAACUACAGCAGCCCCGACGGAAAAAUUAUAGAGGAGACGGUUCCAAGAAUAGCGGUUAGGCCAGUUCCGCCGCCUUUGGAGGGCGUCGCUAACUUCACCGCCGGUGAUAUCGUCGAGUGCUGUCACAACUUCUUUUGGCAAACAGCAAAGAUCUUCAGGGCUUUAACUGGGAGCAACUUCUUCCAAGUUCUGCUUUUCGGAGACUCCGGCGGAUUCGUUGUCCACCGAUCUUUUCUCAGGGUCCGACAGCGUUGGACUGGCGGCGGUUGGUGUGUCGUUGGAAAAAAAUCGCCGACCCAAUACAUUGAAAAGAGGAUGUGCGCGUUCGCAAAGAGGAAGCCGUGUGAGGAUUAUUCUCCGAUCAAGAAAGGGAUUGCCGGAGGUCGUCGAAAGCGCCGUCGUUUGGAUGAAGAAGAAGAUUGUGAGAGCGUUGGGUCUAAUUCUGUCGGUGAUGAGAGUAAAAGAGAUGACGAAGCUGAAUCAGUUUCCACAAAAAGGAGGAUUACUCUCGAUGACGACGAUAAAGAUUUUGCGACAAUAAUGGAUGAUAAAGCAGACUCAAUAUGUUCUUGUACAUAG